UCGGAAACGAAGGGCAUUCUGGGUAAUCCACUGUUUACUUCCUACGGCGAGAGGCCGGCGGCUGUUGCAACUCCGGUUACCGUGUUCGAGAUGGCUCUGGAGACGGUGCCGAAGGAUCUGCGGCAUCUACGGGCUUGUUUGCUGUGUUCACUAGUUAAGACUAUAGACCAGUUUGAAUAUGAUGGUUGUGACAAUUGUGAUACAUACCUUCAGAUGAAGGGUAAUCGAGAGAUGGUAUAUGACUGCACCAGCUCUUCCUUUGAUGGAAUCAUUGCAAUGAUGAGUCCAGAGGAUAGUUGGGUCUCCAAAUGGCAGCGAGUCAGUAGCUUUAAGCCUGGUGUGUAUGCAGUGUCUGUCACUGGUCGCCUGCCCCAAGGGAUUGUACGGGAGCUGAAAAGUCGAGGAGUGGCCUACAAAUCCAGAGACACAGCUAUAAAGACCUAGAAGGAUGCGUGACUGCAAGCCGUUUUGCUUCUCUCUCCUGUUCUGUGUAUUUAUUUGCUGAACUAAAUGGGCAGAACUUCAAAUAUUCCACAGUUCUGACACUGAUUCAACAGACUUUUGGGGAGAGCAUCAUAGUGUGCCUCCAGGCCAUUUCCCCUUUGAACUAUUGAGGGGUCUUGGAAAUUUGGGUUACUGAAUUAACAGACUGUGAAGUAGGGUACUGGUUUUCCCAGCCCAAGGCUAUGCCUUGCCUAAGGGCAGAACACUUCCUCAAAGCCCAAUAAACAUGACUCUCUAGGAAAGUUCUUAAGCACAUGAAAGAUGCCUUGUCUCUCUCUUCCUUUCUCUUAGCUGGACACGUUAAGCCCUUACUGUUUGUCAUUACCCAUGGUUACGGCUUAUCCAUGUGCUUUUCCUAUACUAUAGGCAAGCAAGUGGCACCAGUGGGCUCCUGAUUUCUCACCCACAUUCCACGUUCCCCUGGCUAGUACUAGUUGGUUGGUUUGCUGUGGUUAAAAGUUCUCCUCUAUAAAUGGUGGAACCCUUCCUUUUUCCUCAAGCCUAUUAAGGGACCUUGAAUGAUGAUGUUAACAUUGGCCAAGAUAAGUUGUUUUGGAAUUUAAAAUUUACUGUGAAUUCUCACUGACUAAAUUCUCCAUGAUGAAAAGAAAAACUUGCCAGUGUCCCAGUUUGACUCCCCUAAGUUUCUUUUUUCUUUUCAUCUGUAAAACAAGUUCACUGAAGGUUGUCACUAUGAAAAAUGAAGCACUGAAGAUUUUAUAAGUUAAGCUUUAUAAAAGACGAAAUGCAUUUGCUGUGCCAUUAUUCAAGAUAACAAAACUGGGACCGAAUGCUGGGAACCACCACUGCAGGGAGAGUACUGACUUACUAGCAGCUGUGCCUACACUAGGGCUUUCCUUCUCUUAGCCACCUGGUGUUGCUAGUGAGUCAGUUUGUCACCUGUGGUCUGGAGUGUGGGAAGCAGGGAGAGAUGCUGUUCCUGUUCCCGCCUUCUCAGUGCCUGUGAGAAGCAAGCUAGGACAGGCCCAUGUUGCAGGUUCUCCAACCAGAACCAUUUUCUCUGAUGCCUGAGGGAAUGGUCUAUUAACGCCAAUUCCAAACAGUUUAUUUUUCCAAAGGAUUUCCCAAGCCCAGCACGCUGAAAAUGCUGAGGGGGGCGGUGGUUUCUAAAAGGUACCUUGGGAAGCAACCACACUGGGCUAGAGGUUGAGUUUCAGCAAGAGUGCCUGUGCUAUGCAGCCAACACCCAACUUUCACUGGUUUUGUCAAAAAGUCCCUUGGAAAUCCCCAUCUGUUCUGUGUGUGUAUCCGGACGUGACUUCUUAGUGAGAAUGGAAACAGUUGUGGGGAGGCGAGGCAAGAGGAGCUGUGUGCACAUAACCACAUUCAGGCUGCCUUGGCCUCACUAAGCUAGGGUCCUAACUGUCAACCUUUCAGGAAGCGCAAGACUAGCCGCAGUGGUUGUGGGGGAGGGGUGGCCAGUUGCUGUGACUUGAUUUCAUGUUCAGUGUGCUAGUGGGUCGUGCCUGGGAGCAGCUUCUGAAUUUGCUUUCUUGCCUCCUCUGGUUCUUGAACCUGUAUGUGGUCCUGCUCAGCUGCCUAGAGAGGCAGCAGGAAGCUACUGGAGUCCCAUGCCCUGCUGGCAGCCCAAAGACACUAAAACAGAAAGCUGGUUGUUCAAGGUUCCUGAGAGAGCAGUUCUGUGGAGGAGAGAUUUCAGGCACCGGUAUGGCCACCCAUUGUGUCUGUCAAAGAUAAUUCUGACUGAGGCCAUUCAACUGCCUAGGGUCUUAAAAUCUUCCACUGGUCUUUUGCCCAGUAGUUUGCCUUUUUCUUUCAGAGAGGCAGGGAGGGCUCUUGGAAAGAACAGACUCGGGUCAAAUGAGAAAUAGUGAGCAGGCAGCAGCUUCCCCCCUCCCCCACUCGUCUGCCCACUGCAAACUGUAAGGGUAGUCUUCAACCAGAAUAAAGUUGAUUGAGAGUAUUCUGUAGCCCAUAGGGAUUUAUAGCUGAGAGAAAAGGGGUUACAUUUUUUUUUUAAUUUAUUUUUUAAGAAAGGAUACAUUAACAAAACCAUAGGAUAGGAGGGGUACAGCUCCACACAAUUCCCACCACCCAAUCUCCAUAACCCACCCCCUCCCCUGAUAACGUUCCCAUUCUCUAUCCCUCUGGGAGCAUGGACCCAGGGUUGUUGUGGGUUGCAGAAGGUGGAAGGUCUGGCUUCUGUAAUUGCUUCCCCGCUGAACAUGGACGUUGACUGGUCGGUCCAUACUCCCACUCCAGGACACAUUGGUGGGAUGGGGUUGCAUUUUUGGUCUUGGAGAUGACUAGCUUUCUUUUUCCUCCAGGGUUAUUGCUGGGCUCAGUGCCUGCACCAUGAAUCCAUUGCUCCUGGAGGCCAUUUUUUCCCCCUUUUGUUGCCCUUGUUGUAGCCUUGUUGUGGUUAUUAUUAUUACCAUUGUUGAUGUUGUUUGUUGUUGGAUAGGACAGAGAAAUGGAGAAAAGAGGGGAAGACAGAGGGGGAGAGAAAGAUAGACACCUGCAGACCUGCUUCACCACCUGUGAAGUGACUCCCCUGCAGGUGGGGAGCCGGGGGCUCGAACUGAGAUCCUUACGCCAGUCCUUGUGCUUUGUGCCACGUGCGCUUAACCCACUGUGCCACCGCCGGACCCCCGAUGACUAGCUUUCUCAGUAGCUAUGCAGAAUGAAUUCACGUUGGGCUCUCCAGCUCUGGGAAGACAGGCCACAUUUCUAAUCUUAAGCAGUCGCAGUUUGGAUAGGAGUGCUAUGUACUCCUCAAGUUGUCCCUUCCUUGGUACCUGGUUUGUAUAUAUAAAAGUGACAGGUAGUGUGGUCCAGCAGGUGGUGUAGUGGUUAAAGUGCUGUCCUUUACAUGUAUGAGGUCCAGAGUUUGAUCUCCAGUAUUGCAUAUGUCAGAAUGAAGCUCUCAUUCUUUCUUGCCCCACCUCUCUUCCUCUCUCCCUCCCUCCAUGUGUCUGUUUCCACCCCUCCCCCAUAUAUAACCUAUGUAUAUAUUUUUUUAAGUGACUGCUUAACACGUUGAAUGACAUCUUUCUUUGUCUGGACACUUGAUUUGUGUUUAAAAUU